AUGCCGAGUACUGCGGUGAACCGCAAAAACGAAAAAGAGUCUUACAAAGGGAAAAAAGAGGUACCUCAAAGAAACAAGCCAUGGUCGGUUCUUGAGUGGCAAAACCAUUGGAAUUCCCUUGACCAAAGACAACAGGAAAUUCUAGAUCGCAAGAAAUCUCACUGCCAUUUAAGUAUUGGUUCGAAGAUUAAUGAGAUGGCUGCGAAUUACAAUGCCUCAGUAAUUUGCUUAAUCCGUUACCCCAAUGGAACUCAACACACCAAGUAUGUGUUAGUAAGCGGAGGUGGAAUUAAAUAUUCCAAAUCAAGAGACGGUGUUCUAACUGAACAACUCUGGCAUCGAUAUUGGAACAAAAAACAAAAGAAACGACAACAGUUAUGUGAGGAGAAUGGCCUGUGGCUUGAGAGAGCCAGUAAAAGAAAAAGAAAAGAGAGAACAGUGGAAAGGACAGAGAAAGAGAAAAGUAUGCAAUCAGAUUUAGAGAGACUAGAGAAAGAAGAAGACGAGGAAGUAUGGGACAAUCGAAAGGGGAAACAGAGGAAGAAAGAAAGACAAUUUGAUAAUGAGAGCGUAGAAAGUGAAGAAGAAUACAAUGAAAGAUUGGACAGCGGAAUAGAGAAUCAGAACAUAGGAAAAUCACACAACGAGACAGUAGAAAGCGAAGAAGAAAAUGACGAAAGAUUGGAAAGGGGGAUAUGGAAUCAGACAAUAGGACAAACACGUAAUGAGAGCGUAGAGAGCGAUGAAGAAAAUGAUGAAAGAUUAGACAGGGGAAUAUGGAAUCAGACAACAGGCGACAAUGGGAAUAAUGAGAGAAUAGAGAGCGAUGAAGAAAACGAUGUAAGUUUGGACUGGGAAAAUAAGACAAUCAGAUAA